ACAUUCAAAUUUGAACAAUCACAACAGUCACAAUGGUCGCUAAGUUCGUCAUCGUUCUCGUGCUGGCCGUAGCAGCCUCCGCUGUGCCUUUGGUCCCCGUCGCCAAAAUUGCAUAUGCUGAACCCGAGGCUCCUGCACACUAUGAAUUCCAGUACUCCGUCCACGAUGAACACAACGGUGACGUGAAGCAACAACAGGAGUCCCGCGCCGGUGAUGCCGUGCACGGAUCCUACUCUCUCGUGCAACCUGACGGUGUUCACCGCAUCGUAGAGUACACCGCUGACAAGGUCAAUGGAUUUAACGCUAACGUACGCUACGAGGGUACUCCCAUUCCCGCCCCUGCUCCAGCCAAAAUUGCGUACGCUGCUCCUGCUAAAAUCGCGUACGCAGCUCCCGUAGCCAAGGUGGCUUACUCUGCUCCUAUUGCCUAUGCUGCUCCCGUAGCCAAGGUAGCCUACUCUACUCCUGUAUCUUACGCCGCUCCCGUUACUAAGAUAGGCUACUCCGCUCCUGUUUCCUACGCCGCACCUGUCGCCAAGGUAGCUUACGCUGCCCCUCUGGCUCAAGUCAGUUUCUCUUCCCCCAUCGUCUCAUACCACCACUAGAUUAAACUAAUUUAUUUUUUAAAGUUUGCCUAUUUAUUUGAUAAUAUGAUAUGAACACUUGUAAAUAAAUUGUCUGUUGAUCAUUUAUAUU